AUGGAUGCGUUAGCACUACAGACGGAUGUCGGACAUUGUCUUCUCGCACAAUACCGCAGGACGCAGAACAGUAGGGAUCUCGACCAAUCUAUAAACCACUUUGAACGCGCCUCGGAUCUCUGCCCCGUGGACCAUCCCUACCGCCAUGCAGCACUGUUCAAUAUAGCCACUGCGAAGUUUGUUGGUUGCAAAGCUAACGGAACAUACCUCGACCUCGACAAACCCAUCUCUCUCUUCCAAGACACACUUGAUUUGCGUCCCACUGACCAUCCAGAUCGACCCAUCACCCAACUCUAUCUUGCCAUUUCUCUGUUGUCUCGCUUCGCAAAACGGGGAUUUCAAACAGAUGCUGACACAGCCAAAGAGUUAUUGAACGAAGUCCUCCAACCCGCCGCAUCCAUGUUUCCGUUAUCGCCAGAUCAACUUGCCGAUCGAGCAGAGCGGUGUUUGCAGGGAGAUGAACCAUAUGCCUUAGAUGAAGUGAUAUCUCUUCAUUAUGAUGCACUGGAAUACUACAAUACCGGGUAUGCUUGCCCAGGGCAAUUGCUACGUAGUCUGGGUGUAAUGCUAAUCACUCGCUUCGAGCGUCGAGGCAACGACGAAGAUUUGGAUCAGGCUGUCGCGCUUCACAGGGAAGCGCUGGCCUUGCGCCCGGUCGGUCAUCCAGAUCGGUCCAUGUCAUUGAAUGACCUUGCAAAUCAACUCGCCACCCGAUUUGACCACCGAGGCAACGAUGAAGACUUAGAUCAGGCUAUUGCGCUUCACAGGGAAGCGCUGGCCUUGCGUCCGGUUGGUCACAGAGAUCGGUCCAUGUCAUUAAAUGACCUUGCGGUUGAAAUUUCCACCCGCUUUGAGCAUCGAGGCAACGCAGAAGAUUUGGAUCAGGCUAUCGCACUUUACAGGGAAGCGCUAGCCUUGCGCCCAGUCGGUCAUACAUGUCGGUCCAGGUCAUUAAAUAACCUUGCGGUUGAACUCUCCAUCCGCUUUGACCACCAAGGCCACGACGAAGACUUAGAUCAGGCUAUUGCACUUUACAGGGAAGCGCUGGCCUUGCUCCCGGUUGGUCAUACAGAUCGAUCCAUGUCAUUAAAUAACUUUGCAACUCAACUCUCCACACGCUUUGACCACCGAGGCAAUGACGAAGACUUGGAUCAGGCUAUCGCGCUUCUUAAAGAAGCGCUGGAUUUGUGCCCGGUCGGUCACACAGAUCGGUCCCUGCCAUUAAAUAACCUUGCAAAUCGACUCUCCACCCGCUUUGAGCACCGAGGCAACGACGAAGACUUAGAUCAGGCUAUCGCACUUUACAGGGAAGCGCUGGCCUUGCUCCCGGUCGGUCACACAGGCCGGUCCAUGCCAUUAAAUAACCUUGCGAGUCAACUCGCCACCCGCUUUGACCACCGAGGCGAUGACGAAGACUUGGAUCAAGCUAUCGCACUUUACAGGGAAGCGCUAGCCUCGCGCCCAGUCGGUCACACAGAUCGGUCCAUGCCAUUAAACAACCUUGCGGUUGAACUCUCCACCCGCUUUGAGCACCGAGGCGACGACGAAGACUUGGAUCAGGCUAUCGCACUUUACAUGGAAGCGCUGGCCUUGCGCCCGGUUUGUCAUACAGAUCGAUCCAUGACAUUGAAUAACCUUGCAAAUCAACUCUUCACCCGCUUUGAGCACAGAGGCAUGGACGAAGAUUUGGAUCGGGCUAUCGCACUUGAUAGGGAAGCGCUGGCCUUGCUCCCGGUCGGUCAUACAGAUCGGUCCAUGUCAUUGAAUAACCUUGCAAAUCAACUCUCCACCCGCUUUGACCACCGAGGCAUCGACGAAGAUUUGGAUCAGGCUAUCGCGCUUCUUAGGGAAGCGCUGACCUUGCGCCCGGUUGGUCACACAGGUCGGUCUAAGUCGUUAAAUAACCUUGCAAAUCAACUCUCCGCCCGCUUUGAGCACCGAGGCAACACAGAAGACUUGGAUCAGGCUAUUGCACUUAACAGGGAAGCGCUGACCUUGCACCCGGUCGGUCACACAGGUCGGCCCAAGUCACUAAAUAACCUUGCAAUUCAACUCUCCACCCGCUUCGAGCACCGAGGCAAUGACGAAGACUUGGAUCAGGCUAUUUCACUUAACAGGGAAGCGCUGACCUUGCACCCGGUCGGUCACACAGAUCGGUCCGUGUCAUUAAUUAACCUUGCAGCUAAACUCUCCACCUGCUUUGAGCACCGACACAACAAAGAAGACCUCGAUGAAUCGCGAGAGAAUUUGCGCUAUGCAUUGACACUGUUGACGCAACAUGAUCCUCGUCAAUUAUUAGUCCAUAGGUUACUAGCUGAUGUCUAUCUCUUGUUCCAUCGAUCGGGACUUGACGGCAUUGGCCCAGGCGAAGAUAUGGACGGUCUGAAUGCUGCUAUGGAUCAUUUCAAGGUAGCAGCAAAUGUUAUCUCAGGAGGCUCGCUAUCUCGUCUGCGAGCAAGUCUACUCUGGGUUAUUAAUGCUCGUCAACAUUCACAUGCCACUGAACUGGAGGCAUAUGCAACUUCCAUGCAACUCCUGGACGUUUACAUGUCCGCGACGGCUUCAGUAUCGUCUCGUCACAAUAUCAUGAAGAAUUUCCCAAAUACACUUGCCGUGGAUGCUGCAUCAUGUGCUCUUCGUAGUGGUGAUGUGUGUCGCGCUGUUGAGUUGUUGGAACAAGGCAGGACUAUCAUCUGGACCCAGAUGACACGACUCCGCACGCCUCUUGAUAGUGCCCAGACACGCGGCAGUCACGCAGCGGCCCUGAUGAAGAGGUUCAGAGACCUCAGCUCCCUCCUCGAGAAACCUCCCGCGAACUAUACAGAAGUAACCCCAAGAGUUGAUGUAGAAGCAGAAGAAACCCGGUACAGAAGUCUAGUGCAGGACUGGAAUAGAGCUGUAGAAGAGAUCCGGAAGAUCGAUGGCCUGUCUCACUUCCUCCUUCCUCCCUUAUUCUCUGAUCUUCAAGAUGCAGCCUGUGAUGGCCCUAUCAUCAUGCUUAUCGCAAGCAAGUCAUCUUGCCAUGCCAUUAUCAUCCCGCACAAACAACCUCCGAUUAACAUUCAACUCCAUACCAAUGUUGAGAAACUUCUGAGAUUGGUAAACGCACUCCAGGAGGCAGUUCCAAAGGAGGCCGGUCCUAAAGGGAACCAAACAGCGCUUAUAAAGGCUUUGAGAAAGUUGUGGGACGACGUCGCCUGCCCAGUAGUCGAGAGUCUGAACGGAUUUGCACGACGAGGUUCCCGAAUAUGGUGGUGCCCGACGUCUCUCUUCAAUUUCCUGCCGUUGCACGCUGCUGGCGAGUACAAGGCAAAGGGAAAGUCCGUUUCGCAGCAGUAUAUCUCUUCAUACACGCCAUCGCUCGCAGCGCUGAUGAAGGCUCGCGGAAGUUAUGAUAGGUCCCCGUCGGUGCCCUUUGUUGCCAUUGGUCAGGAUUGCCCAGCUGGUGCCUCCUUCACUUUGGAUGCUGUGGAGCCUGAGCUGGAAUUGGUGCGGAGACUUUUACCCCCUCCCCCAGCUUCUUCCUUCUCCAAAAUAACCAGUAUUGAUGCCACGAAAUCGAGAGCACUGUGCGCAUUGCAGGAUAAUACUUGGCUUCAUUUUGCGUGUCAUGGGACACAGGCAUACAAAGAACCCUUCAAGUCAGCCUUUCUCAUGCGCGACGAACCGCUUUCACUUCUCGAUAUCACACAAACGGAUCUGUCUCGACAUGAAUUUGCAUUUCUUUCUGCCUGUGAAACUGCAGUCGGUGACCAUUAUACUCCUGACGAAGUGAUACACCUAGCGGCUGGCCUGCAAUUCGCCGGGGUUAAGAGUGUUAUUGGGACAUUAUGGAAGGUCAACGAUAAUACUGUGCAGCGAUUAGUCGAGGCAUUCUACAAAAACUUUUGCGGGGAUGGUACAAUGAAUUCUAAACGAGCUGCCCGGGCGCUGCACCGAGCGGUCCAGUCGUUGGCUUGUGACACAGACAUACCCUUGGACCAGCGCAUAGUGUUCGUGCAUAUUGGCAUAUGAUCAAUUCUCAUCUAGUCAUGAUCACGCGCAACCUGCUGUCAAGGACUUUGUUAUUCAAACUUUGAAACUGUAUACCUCCACGACAUGUACACCCGAUUUCGACUUCAAUUUGUAUUUUCUGGCUUGUUACCUCAGAUCACUGAUGAUUAGUGGGUAAGGAUGAAGUUACACUGAUCUGGCAUAGCGCCUGGACACAAUUUACGAUGGACGUGAUAGUCGAGUGUCUGAAUUGCGU